CUGUGAGUGGUUCGCCCAAUGCAAGCUCAUCUUACUGUGUCUCGAUACGUGGGGAGCAGGCCUACAAAGACACCGCGGCGCCUCGACUGCAUGCGUGACGUUUGAGCGCUCAUUCUCGUUGUCUCUUAGCCAGUCCCCGGUGCAGUACCCUGAGCUUCCAUCUGCAUUGAAGCAUAGCUUGCUGGACUCAAGCGUGCUCGUUCUUACCUUCAUCAUGCCGUCUAUAGCUUCCAUCCUUUCUGCAACUGUGCUGUUUGCUCAGUCUACGGUUGCGUUCAACUGCUCGAUUAAACCGAUCUAUGUCGACAUCCACAAGCGUGUUGUUCAUGAAUCUACAGCUUUUCAAUAUGGGUCUUUUAUUGGCGUCGGCACCGCGCCAGCGCAAAAUCACAGCUUGUGGCCGUCGCUGUCGCAGAACCACAUGUCCUUUGGAGCACUCAAGUACUGCGAGAACAGCAAACUCGCAAAUUGCACAGCUUCUACAGGAGGCUUCUAUGAUAGUAAUAGGUCUACAACGUUUGUCGAAUAUCAGGACUUCAAGUCACUAGAUGCAGAUGUCAACAACACACUCAAAGGUUACUUUGGUCAGGACGUGCUACGACUGUACACACACUUUUACGAGACAGAUGGGGCCUCGCAAACGCUUGUACCGAACUCGACAAUCGAAGCUGCGACAGGAGGAGACAUUAUACCUGGAAGAGUAGGAAUGGGACCAUCAUCAACACUUCUACAGGAUCUGGCUGGUCAAGAGACGAUUGCAGGCAAGACCUACUCGCUCUACAUUGGCCAAGGCUUCGACCGCGCUGGUGGCAAGGUCAAUGGGAGCAAUGUCUUCGGAGGCUACGACUCUGGUCGCUUCACUGGAGAACCUCAUCAGUACCCUAUGAACCUCAACAACGUCAACGCUAUGAGUGUACGCAUCAAAGACAUUGUACUCACACAGACUGCGGGCGGAGCAAACCAGUCCCUCUUCGACCCUAAAGACUUCCCCGAUAUGAAGUCGACACCACAGACUUUUGAGGCGGAGAUCACUACCGAGCAGUUCCCGCUGUCCCUGCCAUACCAGAUCACACAAAACUUCAUCAAAGCCGUUACGGGCCAAAAAGAUAACCACUGGGGCGACAACUCGCUGAAGGCCGCCUCAUCCUUGAACGCAACCUUGUCGAUCAUCCUCGAGGACGGUUUCACCGUCACCUUUCCCCCGGAAGUCCUCAGAAACUACUCGGAUAUCACACCCAUUCAGGACCGCGAAGAGACCAGCAACGCUCCGUUCCUCCUCGGCUCCGCAUUCCUCGGCCAAGUCUACCUCAUGGCCGACUAUGACUCCAGCAACUUCUUCCUUGCGCCGGCCGUUCAGAAAAACAACAUGGUCAUGCCCGUGACCUUCUGCCCCAAGACCACCCCUGCGGCGUACGAACGGCCGAAGCAGAGCGCAUGGCAGAGCCAAGGUCUGAUUGGAGCUGUGCUUGGCGGCGUUAUUGGCGGCUUGGGAUGUCUUGCUGCGUUGUACUGCUUGUAUAUCAGCUGGUUGAGGAAGUCGGAUGAGAGGAGGUUGAAGAGGGACUUGGCACGCAAUCAGGCGUCGAAGCUUGAACAGAUGGAUAUCGAGUCCGCCCCGAGCUUCGAUGGGCCGCCGAAGAGUGGCGCUAAGCAGAAGGUGUUGUUUUGGAAGAAAGGGUAGAUAGAUUCAUGUUUGUGAGAAUGAACUUGUCCUUUAUA